AGCAUUCAUUUAACCCGGCGUCCUUGUAUUCGACGCUGCUCUGCCAGAAUCACCGCCACUCUCUUUGUAAUCAACACAUUUCCAGAACAAGCGAGUGAGAAAGGAGCCGUAACAUUGUCCAGUCUGUGUAAUGUCAUGGAUGACAGAUGGGAACUGGAUGAAAUAAACAAAUUGCCCAUCGCAGGAAGUAUUCCUCAUGGUGGAACAAGACGAGGCAGUGACAUUUCAAGCACUGUAACCCCUGAAUUUUGGGAUGACCAUUCAGAAGAGAAACUGCCCAGCUUCCUACCUCCGGAUUAUCUCAGGAUAUCAGAGGUGGAAAUGCGAGGUUCUGAAGAUGUUUCAACAGGAACUGUACUACACAGAUUGCUCCAAGAACGACUGCGGUAUGGCAACCCGAAUGAGAACAUGAACCUUUUGGCUAUCCAACAUCAGGCUACAGGACCAACUAACAUCACCGCAACUACUGUUUCAUCUACGGAAAACGUUACUCAAGAAGACCCACAAAUGGUAAACCAAUCAGCUCGACAAGAACCUCAGGGGCAAGAGCAUCAGGUGGACAACACUGUUAUGGAGAAAACCCUGAGGACUGCUCAACCCCAACAAAAUAACGAAGAACUACCCACUUAUGAAGAGGCAAAAGCUCAAUCCCAAUUUUUCAGAGGUCAGCAGUUAGUACCGGUAACUGCCGGAUUUUAUGUUGCCGAGGUUGUGGCUAAUCACAAGUCCAAAACGGAGGGCAGGCCAACAGUAAGUCGUGCCAACAGUGGACAGGCACAUCAAGAUGAGGCUCUCAAAGAACUUAAGCAAGGUCAUGUGCGCUCUAUGAGUGAGAGGAUAAUGCUGUCUCUAGAGAGAAAUGGAGCUAAGCAGCAUCCAACUACCUCAGGCAGUAUAAAAGGACUUAAAAAUGGAUCACCUUCUCCAGCCUCGGCUUCAGGAAAAGGAGCGGAGCAGAGAGGGCCACCCCCGGACUAUCCUUACAAACUUAAAGUGUCAACAUCCAUCAGUAAAAUACAAGACCAAGGGCCCUACAGCGACCAGCAGCAUAAUUCUGUUCAAGAAGCUACAAAGCACAACCCUGUUCAUCAGAAAAGCAGAGCCGAAGCAUCUGCACUUCGAUACCAGCAGCCUCCUGACUAUUAUGGAAACAGCCGACAAUGCCAGCAGUUCUCCUAUCCCUCUCUACCUUUGCGGCAUCACAGCCCGAUGUCCUCUCAAGCUUCCUCGAUCAGUGGUUCAUUGCACUCAACUCCCUUGCCACUGCUACCAAUGGGUAUGUCUUCCCACACUCCACCACCACCUUCGCCAAGCCAGCAGCUCCCACCUGAGGCCUUCAUGUUCGUGGAGAGGGCUCAACAGAUGGUGGAGAUGUUGACCGAAGAGAACAGCAGUCUGCGACAGCACCUGCACGCAUGCUAUGAGAAGGCUGACAAGCUUCAAAAGUUUGAAAGUGAAAUUACAAAAAUUUCUGAAGCUUAUGAGAGCCUUGUCAAGUCAUCCGCAAAGAGGGAGUCAUUGGAUAUGAAGAUGAAAUGCAGGCUGGAAUCCGAAAUACGGAGAUUGCAUGAUUUUAAUCGAGAUUUGAGGGAUCGACUUGAAACGGCCAACAGGCAACUGGCCAACAGAGACUAUAACGGGCAGGAAGACACAUCAGAAGAGGGCAAUUAUGCAUUAAAGAACAAAGAACACUUGAGAGAGAAGGAGAGGCUGGACAGGGAGUUGGCAGCUCUCCGUACUACCAAUGAAGAUCAGAAGAGGCACAUUGAAAUCUUAGAACAGGCGCUCAACAAUGCCCAGGCAAAAGUGGUUAAACUUGAGGAAGAGCUGCGAAUGAAACAGGUGUACGUAGAAGAGGUGGAAAAGCUGCAGCAAGCUCUGACCCAGCUGCAGGCGGCCGGUGAAAAGCGGGAGCAGUUGGAAUGCCGUCUGCGAAUGCGUCUUGAGAGCGAGUUAAAAACGCUGCGUGCACAACAGCGACAAACAAAUUGUCAGACGCCAAACUUGCCAGAACACAAUACACCUGCCCUGAUGGAUUUGUUAAGGAAGAAGGAGGAGACCAUCUUGGCUCUGGAAGCAGAUAUGACCAAGUGGGAGCAGAAAUACCUGGAGGAAAGCACAAUGAGGCAUUUUGCCAUGGACGCGGCUGCGACAGCUGCCGCUCAGCGUGAUACAACAAUCAUAAGCCACUCACGGAAUGGAAGCCACAAUGAUAACUCUUUGGAGGUCCGCUCAUGGCACGAUGAGGAGGAGAUCUUACAAGCCAACCGGAAGUUUCACGACAUGGAGCACACGAUAAAAAACCUUCAUGCAAAAAUCAUUGAGCAGGAUGCAAUGAUUAAAGUCCUUCAUCAACGAUCGCGAAAGGAUCAGGGGAAAAACGAUGGCUCCAGUUUGCGCCCAGCCCGCUCGGUUCCUUCCAUAGCAGCAGCGGCGGUAAUGACAACGCCCGCUGGUACUCAUUCACGGCAGACCUCUCUCACCAAUAAUCAGGCAACGGAAGACAAGAGGGAAGAAAAGGUUCGUAAGGGAAGCACAGGAUUGCUGCCGGGAAAAGACCAUCCUGAAAUCCUUUUGCCUUCUUUAAUGAUGCUUCCACCGCCAUCCUUUUUACUGCCACCACCAGCUCCGAUUCCGCCUGCUCCGACUCUGCCAGUGACAGCCUCGCAUGCAAAAACAGGGAGCAAAGACAACAGCACCCAGACAGACAAGAACACAGAGCUGUUUUGGCCAAACAGUCUCCCUGGCAGGGGUCGUAUAAAUAUGACUCCUUCUAGUAGUCCCCUAUUACGACACACUGCAGUCAAAGUCAAGGAAUGCGAGAAAUCUGAUAAUUCCCCUAUGCUCGGCAAGACUCUGGACCUUAAAAAUAGAGUCGGCAACACUGCAAACAAGAGUGAUUUCUCUGAGCCCGAUAGCAUGAUGGAAGUACUUAUAUAAAGAUGACACUAGUACAAUUAAUCCCCAUGUUUUAAUCAGGACAAGUAAGCUUGGUUAAAUACUGCUUCAAGACUCAAAAAGUUCCACUGAUGUAUUCAGUGAUCCCUGAAAUGGAACCUUAUACGACCUUUGGAAGUCAUUGAGUGACGAAAGUAUAAAAAAAGACGAGCACUUUUGGUUUUAUCGUUCUAUGGGUACUUUUACGAUUUAGUUUUCUGCGUGGUAUUUUACAUUUCUGUCCCUAAAGUAACAUUAUAGGUUUGCACAGAGUGCACUUCUGAAUAGGGCCACGUUACGUGGUUAGGGUUAUUUACAAGUUCUACGUUUUAUUAAGCCUUGGUCGUCAAUGGCCAACAUAUGGAGGUCUUCGUUUCUAUAUUUCCGUGAUACAUGGCUGAAAUAUGACAAUCCCUAUGCAAAAAAAGUUGUGAUGUUUCUGGAAAUAUGCGAAAACACAUGCUGUUCUGUGUUGUGCAAGCAGUUACUAAACAAACCACCAAGCGAUGUUCCCACCAGUGGCAAUCCUCUAACUGUCCUCUGUCCCGAAAAUGAGACAUUUCAUUACCUAGAAAGGUCUUUUUUGGGAAGGGUAUUUUUAAUCAUUUUAUUGAACUGACUAAAGAAAGUGAUGCGGAGUAUAAUAUUUAUUGCUGUGAUAUUAAGUAGACACAGUUACAUAGUACGAUGGGUACAGCCGACUGCAAGAAACAUUGGUUCCAGAAAACAAUAAAAUAAAAUAGCCACUAUGAGCAAUGUAUAAACAAUGAAUAUAGUGUAGAAUAAUUACACAGACAGUUGUUUUAGACAUUUGGGUAAUAAGUGUGGAGCGUUUAUUUUGGAACCGGAAUAUGGUUUAUGGAGAUUGGAGGAAAAUAAAAAUACAAAUAAUUCUAUAUGAGACAAAUACUAUUAAUGUUAUUCAUCAAAUGUGAAUUGUCAGAAUUUGAUUAGAGGAUUUUUCUAAUUUUAGGUAAGAAACUAUACCUUGUUUUUAAAAUUCAAAAUAUUUAGCACAAAAAUUUUAAAUUGACAAAACAAUCCCCAACAAUUAAGCCCUGACAGGGUUAUUCACUAACAUGUGAAUAGCCGGUAAUUAAAUGUGAAUUUCAUAAUUAAAGGAACAUUAUAGGCACCAAAUCUUUAGCUUAAUAAAACCGUUUGAGUGUGCAAAUCAUGCAGUCUCACUUUGUUUAUGCAGCCCUAGUCACACCCAGGGACGGAUCCAGAACCCAAUAUUGGGAGGGGUACUGAAUGUUUAAAAUUGGGGUGU